CAGUGAGUCUUUUUGAAGGUCUGUCUGUAAACCAUCGUGGAGAAGUCGGAGAGGUUUGUCAUGGGAGGGCGAAAACAUGGCAAAAGCGGAACAAACCGGUGUGUGUGCCCGGAUACACGCGGUAGCGGCUCGCCCGCACUGCAGAUUAACUCUUGAGCCGCCAGAGAUGCUCAACACUGGGGAACAGAAGCCUCUGCAACGUCGUUUGUUUUUUAGGAACCUGUCGUUGCGCGUAGAUAUUUCUCGAUAUUGAUGAUUUGAGCGUCAGCUUCAGGCUGUUACGGCUUAUAUUCGAGAGGACCGGCACAGCUCUUCUGAUUGAUUCGGACCGGUAAUGAUGAUGCUGAAUGACAGCAUGACUUCAGCACCGGUGAAUGGACAGCUCCUCGUUUGAGCGUAAGUGAUGUGCACUACAUGACCUUUAAUGCCCAUGAUCAUCAACUGUCAUAAUAUCAAUAUGUCGGUCCGUAUCGUUACACCGCUGUCGAUAAAGAUAGAAUACAAUAUAGAUUAUAUCAGAGGCUGAGCGUUUUGGGUUAUAUCCUGCACUGGGCUGUUGCUGCAAGUUUGCUAGACAGAUUCAACAUGAAUAUUAUCUUGUUUGAUUGAGAGUUCCCGUUAUGAAAAACAUAAAGGUUCGGUGUUCAUGAUUUGUGAAAUGUGUCUUAUUUUCUCAAGUAGGCCAAGAUUAAGUAAAGUUAAGGAGUUUAAAUUAGGAAUGAAAGUAGCCUUCGUACUGUUUGCAUUUAUUUUGUUAUUAUUUCACUGUAGUCAGCAUUACAUGCCUAUAACAUGCCCAAACAACUAAAUACGAAUGAAAGAAAAAAUAAUAAAGAAGCAGCAAUCAUGUACAGAAAUGUUUACUCAAAAUUGUGUUAAUCCUUGUUUUAAUCUUGCAGUUUUCACCCAAACAGGUUUGUUUUGGUAUCUGCUUGAGUAGACUAAAACCUAACCUUAAAGUAUGGGAGGCUAUUCAGGAAAUAAUACACAUGUAUUCAUAAGAAAAUUGCAUUUUCAAAUAAGCAUAAUUUAUUAUCUUCAUUAAUCGUUUAUUGUUUUUUUAUUUUUGCUUUAUUGCUUUCCUUAUUCUUGUCACUUUGAAUCUAAGUAUUUGCUUACAACUUAAAUCACACAUAUUCACACAAAUAGUGAUAUGACAGGUUUUAGGUUCACAAAUAAUUUUAUGUUUUCACAAACUGAAAAGAAAUGGACUUCAGUAGAAAAAUAAAUGCACAGAUUAUGUCAGCAGAAUUUGCGAAACAGCUUCCUUUGUCCUGGGGGAUCUGUCUAUUAUGUUUUUUUUUGGUAUUUGUUUUUAUUUAGCUCAAAGCAAGAUGUAAUGAUUUUAUAAUAUACAACAGCUAUUUCAUUGUCUGUGUUUUUUAUGUUCUGCACCAGGAUAUUUCGGUAUGUAUCAUACUUCAAUUUAUAGCUAAUAAACAUUCAAUAAACCCCUUAAAUGACUUUAUUAAUUUAGCCCUGAGAAUGUCAGUUCGUCCUUGGUCUGACUUCCAAGGACUCUGCAGAUGGGCACAGUCCAUUGAUCAAUGAAUUAAAGCAACAUGCACUCUCAAUUAAUGAACUAACAGAAUUGUAUCAAGCCACUUUUGUUGGUUAUUAGAAAAAAAGUUCUUCAUAUUUGUAUCUGUUAACUCUGAAAAAACUCUUCUGUUCGUUUACAGAUUUUUGUAGAAGUGGAAUAGGUGACCGAUUCAUCUCAGCUCUCCAAACAAACAAGCCAAAAAAUCAACUUCAUCUACCUCAGACAAGAUCAAGCUCCACACAAUCUAUCAACAGACCCGUCUGCUCGGCUCAACACAAUGCUUUCUUUGUGACUAAGAAGAUCCGCUUUUAUCCUUCAGCACCUCUUAGAUAUAACACAACUCAUUAUAUUGUUGCAGGGAACAGCCCUCAGCCAAUCCAGUGGCUGACGGGGUAGAAGGAGAAGCCAUCAGGAGUGUUGUGAGGUUAGUGGUGAGCAGGCUGCUGGUGCCGAAUGCAGAACAUCCUUGAGCAGAACUUGGACAUGGCCACGGCUCUGCUCGCGGGUGAGAAGCUGAAGGAAUUGAUCCUGCCAGGUUCAACACAGGAUGAUAAAGGCGGGGUACUCGCCGGUCUUAUGGUGCAGCUCAAACUAGAGUUGCCCUUUGACCGGGUCGUCACCAUAGGAACUGUCAUCAUCCCUAUACUGUUGGUCACAUUAGUUUUCACACGGAACUUUGCAGAAGAAUCUAUAUAUUGCUACACACCUCACAACUUCACACGAGAUCAGGCCCUGUAUGCCAGAGGCUACUGCUGGACAGAGCUGCGGGAUGCGGUGUCCAGCGUUGACCCUGAACUUCGGCUAUCCCUUUUUGAACACAAAUUCCUGCCCUAUGCUCUGAUGGCCUUCGCGGGUAUAAUGUACAUACCUGCCCUGGGAUGGGAGUUCAUGGCUUCCACUCGCCUCACCUCCGAGCUCAACUUUCUCCUUCAGGAGAUAGACAAUUGCUACCAUAGAGCAGCCGAGGGCCGUGCACCCAAAAUCGAAAAGCAGAUUCAGUCCAAGGGUCCGGGCAUCACAGAACGCGAGAGACGCGAGAUUAUCGAGAAUGCUGAGAAGGAAAAGAGCCCCGAGCAGAACCUUUUCGAAAAGUAUCUAGAACGCAGAGGGCAGAGUAACUUUCUAGCUAAGCUCUACCUGGGGCGACAUUUAGCCAUCAUCUGCCUCAGCUCGAUCCCAAUAACUUACCUGAGCACGUACUACGCCCGCCAGAGGCAGAACGAGUUCACCUGUGCGUUGGGCGAGCCGCCGGACACCAGCAGCAUUCCAGAAUUGCGGCAAAACGUUAACUGCAAGCUGCCAGCCGUGCAGCUCCAACGCAUUAUGGCUCUGGUAGACAUAGGAUUGCUCUGCACCAUGAACCUCAUCAUCCUCAUCAACCUGCUGCAUUUGUUCGUGGUGCGUAAAUCCAACUUCGUGUUCGACAAGCUACACAAAGUGGGCAUUAAAACACGGCGGCGCUGGCAGAAGUCGCAGUUUUGCGACAUCAAUAUUCUGGCCAUGUUCUGUAAUGAGAAUAGAGAUCAUAUUAAGUCUCUCAACAGACUGGAUUUUAUCACGAAUGAGAGUGACCUCAUGUAUGAUAAUGUGGUGCGGCAGCUCUUGGCAGCGUUAGCUCAGUCCAACCACGACGCCACUCCGACAGUAAGAGAAUGUGGAGUGCAAACGAUUGACCCCAGCAUGGACCCCUCGGUGCUUGGUGUGGGAGAACUAGGGGGAGAGCCAUUGGUUAUCAAAAGACCACGUAAGAAGAUCAAGUGGACCCCUACAUCUAAGCCCUUUAAAGAACCCCUGACUCUAACCAGGCUAGAGAAUAGCAUUAAAGCAGACAAACCUAAACCUGUGCGGAGGAAGAAUAUACCAGAUAGCAUUAUUGCUCCAUUGCUUGACACUAAGAGUACACAGCACCCUCCUUGUAUUAAAGCUGCUGAAACUAAUAAUAUGGAGAAGAAACAAACUCUAAAUCUCUCGCUGGAUGUUCAUCCUUACAUACUAACCAUCCAGAAAGCAAAAGCAGAAAUGACCCAUCCUGAGCCACCCCCAGUUGAACACUCUCUCAGCAAUGUGUAUUUAGAGGGUCCACAUACAGUUGUCCACGUUUCUGCCUCUCUUACCAAGAAGAAAGGAUCUCCUCCACUGUCCACCACCACUGCCUUCUCCGAUACUCUCUCCCCUGCAUCCUAUCUGAAUGGCAGCACAACCAGCGUUCAUCCUACAGAUUCCCCAAAGGUCAAUGAUCCUCUCAAUCAUGGGACCGAUCCUGAGAGCCAGCCUGUAGCUUUCAGCAGAAACUCUUCACACUCACUGCUGAACAUCCAUCACAACUUGUAUGAGGAGGAGGAGCAAAGCAGAAGGGACAGACUAGCCAGCCUGGGCGAGCUGAUUGCUGCUGGAGAGUGCUGAAGGCAAAUGCGAAUACACACGCACAAAUGCAAAAGCACUUAGUAUUUGAAUUUCCACGCAAAGUGAUGUUGUUUCUUUAGAGUAGUUAUCUUAAAGACACGCAUAGAUAUAUAAGUAAGACACUCACGAGCAUUCACUCAGUAAUAUUUAUACAAUAUUGCACUACAGCAACAUAAAAACGUCAGCAUGGAUGCAGCAUCAUUCAAGAGUUUUUUAGUUUUCUUAUUUGCAGUCAGCAAUCAUUCCAUUAUUCAGCGAGCAAAAGCAGCAACAGGAAGCUAACUGAGAGACAGCAUAUGUAGUAGUAUUCAGAUGGUUAUACAGUCUUAUUACACGGCUCAUUGGAAUGCUUGAUUCUGAUUGGCCAGUAGCGACAUUUGCAGGUUCGUUAUUCCCAGAUAACAACCUCUCAAAACUAACAACACACGGUAACCCGGAUGCAGCAAUUCAUUUUGACAGUUUUUUUUGACAGAUUAAAUAUAUGUAUUUUUAUAACAUACAUGACAUUAUAUUUACAAAUGAUUAAACCAAUUUGACUGGUGUGACAUUUGAACGUUGUUUAGUAAACAGAUUUUUUCCUUGCGGAACGUCUGCAUUCGGUAAAAAUUAGCUAAUAAAAUAUUUUAAAUUCGCAUUUCAUGUCCAGUUUUUUUCUCAUGUGGCAAGUAGCCGUGUAAUAAGUGGGAUACUGUACAAGAAGCCAGCUGGUAUCGUGAACAUCCAGCUGCCUGUACAUUAUCCCUUACUUAAUAUCCUUGCUUUCAUAGAGAGUCCCACUUACGUAGAUUUAAAGUUUUUGAAAAGUUUUAAAAUUAACAUGUAUUUCUUAUUGUUUAACUUUUUAAUAUGAAAAAUGUGUAUGAACACGUUCUUCCAAGGGAAGUUAAAACACACAAGACCUUGAUGCUCACCCUAUGGGUUCAUGAGUCCCCUGUGACAUUCCAAAAGAUGAAUUGAAGGAGGCAUAUCGAAUAUUGUCACAAAGCACAGUUUGUUCAUUUUUAUCAAUGGUUUCAUGUUCUUUUUCAUUGAUUCAUAGUUUCAAAGCAAUUUAUUUGUUCUUAAUAUAUGCAACUUUGGUAUUGGUGCAAUAAUGGGCAUAUAUGUACAUAAGCUGUAUUGAAGGAAUAAUAGUUCUUAUCUAGUUACAUCUUAAAAGUUCUUAUGUGAAAUAAUUAAGACAUUAAAAAGAUUGUCACUAAUUUAACAAAAUCCACAGCUUGCUUAUCCACACCUUUGGUGCACUUAUUCAGCAAUGUCAGAAGGAAGUCACACUGGGUCUUUAGAAGAAAAAAUUGAUUCUUAUACCAGCUGUUUUAAAAUAGACAGAAUUGUGACAGAAGGAUUUCAAAGACUCUGGCAAACUACCAGAGUUUACCUGGCUCUCCAUCACUUAAACCGCAAUGUGUGUAUAACAGUCAGCCAACCUUUUUGAAUGCAACUUAAAACCUUUGAUAUUCACUGAUACACCUUAUGAUGAUGUACAACAUAUUGCCUGCCAAAACACACUACUGUAGCACUCUUAUUGUGAGUGAAAAUAAAAAGUGCACAAUAAAUAAGAGAAUCAAAGAGCACCUGUAACCACAAAGCAACAACUGAUAUUGAGCAGAUAGCUGCUUUAGUUAACUGUAGUUUUUCUCUAUGGUCCAUUUGUAAUGUUUUACGAUGCAGGUAUUAUAUCAUAAAUACAUAUCAUAAAUGAUAACGGCAUUAAAAGAUGUAUAAUAAUUAAAUUUCACGGCGGCUAAUUGAUUUUAUAGGCUUGGAUUUUAGAUCAGAAAACUGCCUUAUGAAAUUGUAUUGCAUGUCCACGUGAGGUUAAGAUAAAGGUGUCUUUCCAAACAUUCAUAGGCCUAUGUUAUAGGCUUUUGUUGUUGUUUAAUUUGUGCCACAUCAACUGAAAUUUUAAUCAUGUGAUUUAUAUAUAGACCUAUAGCCUAUUUGGACCAGCAGAAUUUCAAGUAUUCUGCUUAUAGAAAUCAGUUACAAUGCAUGAACAUUU